AUGGACAUGCAUGCCGACCCUAACGAAGGGGUGGGCGGUGGCGCCGCUGGAGAUGCCGCGGCCCACCCGCCGCCCGGCAGCAAGCGCAAGCUGGUGCGCCGAGUGCAGCUCAGCGGCGACGCCGCACUCCCCAAUAGGAAUAGCAGCGACAACGGAGGCGCAGGUCCUAGCAGAGGGGCCUCCUCUGCCUCAACUCCCCCCUCUGCUGCCGUGCAAGACGUGUCCAGCGAGGACGAGGCCAACGCCCUGGUACGGCGCCUUCGGCAGCUGGAGAGGGAGGGCGCGAUGCUGUCCAAUACGCUCACGAAGGUGUGCGAUGAAAAUGGCCGCCUCACCGGCCAAGUCGCAGCGCUCGAGAUGAAACUCACCGCCUUGGCGGAGCAGCCGCUGCAGGAGACCUCCGUCCUGCAGUCCCUCUUUGAGCCCGACAAGAAAGGGUGGUUUGGCGGCUCGAAGGCGGCCGCGCGGGAACAGCUAGAGCAGUUGUGUGAGGCUCUGAAAGCUGAGUUCAUGGCUUACAAGGCCAGUCAUGCGUCGAGCAACGACGAGGUGCAGGCCUUAGUCGAGGGGUUGCACAACGCACACCUCAAUGCGCAGGAGCUGGGCAAGCUGGUGCAUGAGCAGCAGCAGACAAUGAGCAGUACCGCCGCGGCCGUGUCCAUUCGUGUCGUUCCGGUGGCCGAACAGACCGACGCGGGCGCCGUGCAGGAGCUUCAGGCGCAGCUGCGCCGCGCACAAGAGCAGAGGGACAAGGCAGACGAGCAACUGCGUAGCCUGCAAGUCGAGCUGCGCGCACUGAAGGUCGAAAACACAACACUGCGGAACGACGCCAUCGCCGCCGCCGUCGCGGCCCCUGCCGUUGCGACGGUGAAGACCACGCCAAGGUCGCAGCCGGCAGUGGAUACGGCCACCGCCGACGCCCUCGCGAGGGCCAGCGCGGAGCGGGAUGCCCUGCGCGAUGAACUCGCGAGAAUGCGCAACUCACUCGUAGAAAAAAACAAGGAGGCGGCGACGCACAAGCAAAAGGUGGAGGAGAUGCGGAAUCAACUCACCGCCAAGGACUCCGUGCACUCGGAGGAGCUCGACAGCUUGAAGCAGCAGCUGGCGCACUUCUUCAAUCUUUCCAAGACGUGCUCUCGCUGUGAUGAGCUGCGGCAAGAACUCGCUCGCGCGCGCGACGAACUCGCUGCCUCUCAGGCCACCGUGCAGGACCUGCGCAACCAAAUCGUGGAUAGCACGGUGAAGCAGGAGAGGAAGUACAGGGCGCUCGAGACGAAGCUGGCGGAGAGCUCGGAGCAGGUGUCCGCGAAGGAGCACCAGCUGCGGCAGUCGGCCCCUGCGGACGACUACGAGAAGCUCAAGUCAGAGCAGGAAAGCUUGACGCGAGAGGUGGAGUUGUAUCAGCAGCGCAUCGCCUUUCUGGAGGAUGCGCAGAAGGGAAAGGUUGCGGAGGCCAACUUGUCCAUGGACGAGUCCGAGGUACUGGAGCUGCUGAACAACUCGAAGGACCGCAUUUCCAAACUGGAGUUUGAGCGUGAUCGGCUCGUGGUGGAGUUGCAGCAGGCGCAGACGUACGCGGCGGCCCGCGACGCCGAGGCACGCACGCUGCGGCAGCGCUCCGACGAGGACAAGCAGCGCGUCACAUUUUUGCUGAAGAAGUGUGCCUCGCUGACCUCCGAUGUGCGUAGUGCGACCGCCCAGCUCGAUACCUUCAAGGAGCAGUUCGACAAGCAGUCGUUGGAGCUGCGGCAGGAGAAGCGCAGCACCGAGAACAUGGCGGCGCUGCAGAAGCAGCUGGAUGACGUGACAAAGGAGAAGAAGUUGUUGGAGGAUCGCCUGUCUGCCACCCAGCAGAUGGAGGAACGCCUGGUGAAGGCGAAGGAGACGAUUGCGUACAUGGAGCUGGCGCAGAGCAGCAACAUCAACAUGAGCCAGUACGCCGAGCUCAAGGCGGAGAAGGAAAAGCUGGCCAACACCAUGGAGCCGCUGCAGCGCAGGUUAGAGGAGUCGAAAGCUGAAAUAGAGCGACUGAAGUCGGUCACCGAUGCCCAGCAGGCCAUCUCGUCGACGCAGAACAACAACGUACGGACGUGGCAGGACCAGGUCACGGCACUCAGCGAGAGCGAGGCAAAGCUGCGCGAAAAGUUGGGUAUGCUGACCAGCGAGAACACCCGCCUCACGCAGGUCAACGCCUCGCUGGAGCAGCAGAUGAACGACAUGCAGGACGGCAUCAAGGAGAUGGCGCUGCACAUGGAGCAGGACCGCGCCGCCAGCAAGGCCACCGCGGAGGCAAACACCCAAAAGGAAAUCCAAAACGUGCGCAACGAGCUGGCCCAGGCACGGGCGACGAUUGCCGAGGUGCAGGCACGCGACGGACAGUACGUGGCGGAGGGCCUGUACCAGUCCGUCGUUGUCGAGCGCGACAAGGCGAACGAGGACAUCAAGCGCCUGAACGGCGAGCUGGAGAAGCGCAAGUCAGAAAUCCUCAUCUACCGCCAGACCAUCUCCGACCUGGAGGUAGAGAACGACGAGCGAGUGAAGGAGAUCGAGACACUGCAGGACCGCUACCAGGCCGACCGCACCGCCCUCAACGAUCGCCUCACAAAGGAGCAGAAGCGUGCGGCGGAGCUGACGAGCACCAACGCCGCUCACACCGCUCAGAUCGCAGCCAUGGACGCAGAGGCGCAGAAGAGCAAGACGGCCAUCGCAGAGCUGCAGGAGAAGGCGACAAAGCAGCAACGCGCGUUCGAGGACAAGUGCCGCCGCGAGGAGGCCUUGAGCAACGAGAUCAAGCGCCUCCAGGGCCAAAUUAGUACCCUGCAGGCAGCCGCGGCGGAGGACGGCAACCAUAAUGGCGCAGCUGCGGUGCAGGGCACCAAUAACGGCACCACGGCCGUGGCGGCACUCCCCGUGAUCGCAGUGACGGAGGUUCAACCCGCCAAGACCGCUGAGUUGCCUGCCCCAGCUUUCGAACGGGAAGUCAGCAGCCGCAGCGAGGCCUCGUCGAGUUCGGCUCCUCCGGCCCCGGUGGCCGCCCCUGCUGCUUCCUCUGUCGCCUCCGGCCCUGACCCCAUCGUCAUUGAAGCUUUCCAGAAGCGCAUCUACGACCUACAAACCGAGAAUGAGCGGAUUGCCGGCGAGAUGAAGCGCACGCAGCUGCAGCGGCAGAUCGAUACGGAGGAAGACCGUCACACCAUCACGAUGUUGCAGACGCAGUUGAAGAAUAAAAUGUCGUCGUCAGAUCGCACCGCGUACACGGCGGCGAUUGCGAAGGCGGAUAGCCUCAAGAAGAGUGUGGAGUCCCUCAUGGCGGAGAACGCACAGUUAAAGCAGCAGCUCAGCGUCAACCAGGCCCCGGCCAACCAGGCGGUGUCCGCCUCUUCGUUAGCCAUCGCGGGGUCGCACCAGAUGGACAUGCUGCAGCUGCAGGCUCAGCUGCAGGAACAGAAGGCUACCUUCAACAUUGCGAUGGAGAAGGCCGCACAGGACCGCGAGGCCUACGAGGCGCAGAUUCAGGAGCUGGAGGAGCACCUACACGAGGCACAGGAAGCAGCAGCGGCAGCGCCGCGUACCGCUGUCAUGGUGCCAAGCCUUUCUUCUUCUGCCGCCGGCGCUGCUGCUACGGCGGAAGGUGCGGAGGAGGGCGAACAUGAUGGUGCGGUGGUCGAUUCCUCUCCUCUAGGCAAACCGACGAAGAAGAAGGUAAAGAAGAUCCGCAAGAAGAAGACGCUGGCGGAGCAGGUGGGGCCCAUCGACGACGGAGAGGAUAUUCUCGCUGCUGCGCCGGCUCCUGCGGUGGCAUCAACCGCGACAAACGCCGCUGCGCAGGACGUGCAGUCCUCGCUUGCCCAGGCGCAGCGAGAGUUGACGCAGCUGAAGGCGGAGAACACGCAGCUCAAGGCAACCAUCGCAGACCUCACCGCGCAGCUGCAGCAAGCCGAGGAGGACGUGGCGGCCGCCCACGAGGAUUUGGAGCUGGCGCAGACGUCAAUGGACGAGGAGCGGCGCGACCUCAACAAGCAGAUUGCCUUGAUGCAGGAACAGAAGACAAUGAGGCAACAGAGCCUGGAUGAACGUCAGACCUCGACACGAUCGGGCAACAGCAGCUUCACCAACGUUGGCGGCAAAGGCUCCUUCCGCAACCAGGCCAUCGCCGACUCGCAGAUGCAGCUGCGGCGCUGCCAGGAUGAACUGGACCGCCUGCAGAUGGAGAACAGAGACCUCAAGAACCGUUUAGCCAGGGCAGACGCCACGGAGAAGGAGUCGCCGACGAUGUCGCAGGACGGGCCCGCCACUGCGCGCCACGGCGAGCUGCGGAAGCUUCAAAAGAAGUUGAAGCAGAAGGACGCGGAGAUCAAGGCGCUGGCAGAUCAGCUGAUGCCGACCAAAGAGAAGCUGGUAGAGUACAUGGCGAUGGCAGACAGGCUGGGUUUGCAGUACCCCUUUCCACCAGAGUUGGAGGGUGCGACGGUGAUGCGGCUGAAGGCGUUGCACGUGCCCGUCGACCCCCGUGCCGCUUCCGCACCGGCGCAGACACAGGCCGCACAGCGCAGACAGCCGACAAGAUCGAAUGCUGGUGGGAGGGCGGAGGACUUGUCUCCCCCACCGCGUGCGCCGAGGAAGCGCACCGCUCUGCCUCGCGAAGAGGAGGACUUCUCCCUGCGCUGA